AUGACUGCCUUCAAGAAAGAAGACUCGUCCAACUGUGUACAGACUGUAAAUAAUCAGGGUCCCAACAGUGCCCUGAAGAAAGGUGGCUCCAAUUUCUCCGUUGAUGCAGUGUACUUCAUUUGCCCUCUGACAAAUGCCUCAGUAUCUAAAAGUGGGAGAGAUUUGCAUAUUAAGGAGGCCAUUCUUAUGAAAUUUGCUGAUGAUCUGAUACGAGCCUCUAUAAUGAUGAUUCAUACAUUCAACAAGGAUAGAGAAAAAAUAAAGAUAGCUUGUGAAACUCUUGGCAAAUACAUUGAUAACAUAUGCAAUAACCCCAGUGAAGAAAAGUACAGAAAGAUCAAGUUGCAGAACAAAGUCUUUCAGGAAAGGAUAUCUGAACUAGAAGGAACACAUGAAUUUUUACAGCCAAUUGGAUUUGAAAGAAAGAUGUUGCAGGUACCUAGGCAAGAGAAUGAAGAUGAGUUUUAUGUGUUCAAUGGGGAUUUUCCUACUACAUACGAAGAGCUCAGACAAUAUAAGAAUGAACUUUUAAAUGCUGAGCCAGUUAGAGCACAGCUGGAUCGACAGGUCAGAGUUUUACAACCUUCACCCCAGGCAGCUAAAUUUGAAUUACCCAAUGACUUCUAUAAUCUAACAGCUGAAGAAGUUAAAUGCGAACAACAGAUGAGAUCAGAAGCUGUUGAAAAGACAACCAUGCUAAGAACCAAAGCCAUGAGAGAGAGAGAAAAGCGGAGGGAGUUUAAGAAAUAUAACUACACGCUAUUGCGUGUUAGAUUCCCGGAUGGAUACAUUUUGCAAGCAACAUUCUAUGCAUGA